CUCGACAAACCUCUAUAUGGUGUUUUAGCUUUGUUUUGAAGCUUUCUUAACCUCUUAUUUUGGAUUAUAAAUGCACCUCAUUGAAACGAGUGGGACUGUCACCAGUAGUUAGGGAACAUAGGGAAGUGCAUGUAUUCAAACAAAAUAAGCAACCCAUGUGAGCAUUUAUGUAUGCCUUCUUAGACACCUACUUGAUACUGUUUUCUUCUCAUCACUUCUGUAUUCCUGAAUCCAUAAAUACAGAUCAAACGAACUUCAAUCUUCAACUUACAUUUCAAACACAUCCUCAUUCAAAGUAAUACACUUCCCAACUUCUAAACUAGACAUGGGAAUCAGGCUACCUUCACUUCUCCUCAAUGCCAAGCAAGUUGUCAAAAUGCAGACCGUUCCAUCUAGAAAUCAAUGUGGCGUUCCCAAAGGCCAUAUUGCAGUCUAUGUGGGGGAUAUCGAAAGGAAGCGGUUUGUGGUUCCAAUAUCAUAUUUGAAUCAUCCGUCUUUCUCAGCUUUACUCAAGACUGCAGAAGAAGAAUUUGGAUUUAAACAUCCAACUGGAGGAUUGACAAUUCCUUGCAGAGAAGAUGUGUUCAUCAACCUCACAUCCAGGCUGCAAACGUCCUGAAAGAGGGAAGAAAAACAAAUUUCCACACAAUUUUGCCAGAUUCUUUCCAUUUUUUACCCAUAGUUAAAGAGUAGAAAUCAAUGUAUAGUUAGUUUUAACGUGUUCGAUCGGGUAGCUGAAAGGUGAUAACACAUUGCCUAUCUACCUGAACAUCAUUUUCACAACUUACAAUUACAGUCUGUAAACAUGGAAAUACAAAGACAGAGCCACAUUUCUUACUAA